AUGCGUUACACACUGGCCAUCAUUUCGCUGCUGCUGAUAUCAGGCGUUUUUGGAAGUUCUGGGAAACGGAGUGAGUACGUUUCGUUCCCAUCUUCCGGGUGGAGAGCGCCCGGAGUGCCUUGGAGAUGGCCCAACGACGCUAGGAAAAUUGGGAGAUUCGAUCAGCCCCAUAUAUUUCAUCUGCUGAAGCAUAAAAUUAAAAUUCAAGUCGUCGACAAGAUUCCUACGACAACAGCGGCGCCGUCUGAUUGUGUUUGUGUGCCUUAUUACCAGUGUGAUAAUAAUAAUACGAUUAUUACAAAUGGAGUUGGACUCAUCGAUAUCAGAAUUCGUCGAUGUACAGGUGAUCUCGAGGUCUGCUGCAGGCCCCCUAGAACAACUAGAAUGCCCUCAUCAAUGCAACCAAUAGUAACCCCAACCAUGCCCCCUACUAUGCCACCCACUAUGCCCCCUACUAUGCCUCCAACAAUGCCCCCCACUCUCCCCCCAACUAUUCCACCCACUAUGCCUCCAACAUCUCCACCGACAAUUCCUACAACUCAACCCCCUACGUGCCCCCCAUCACCCCCUACUGUUCCAACAUCACCUCCAACUCAACCACCCACUCUUCCCCCUACGUUACCACCAACCUCUGCCCCAACACUUCCUCCUUUCCCUACCCUCCCCCCAAACUGCAUAUGUGCAUUCCCCAAUCAGUGCGACGCAAACGGCGUCCUCAUAGUCUCUGGAGAAGGAAUAAUCAACCCCAGACAGACUCAGUACCCCUGCGGGGCAAACAUGAUCUGCUGUCGGUUGCCAAUAAAUUCUGUCGUCUUUCCAAUGCCCCCAAGAGCCACAGCCCCACCUCCAGUCACGGAGACGUGCAUCUGCGUGAAAAUCACUUACGGCGAAAACAGCUACAUCGUCUCUGGUGCAGGCAACAUCAGCCCAAGGUUCCCAGGAGCUAGACAGAGUCAAACACUCAAUAUCUGUGCAGCAGACGAAGUGUGCAGCCAGUUCCCACCCAACGGUCAGGACUCCUCAGCCACCUCGAGCUUCCCAAUCACAGCAGGCCCUCCCAUCGAAUACCCUGGAGUCCCUCCAUUCGAUCCCAGAAUCAACGUUACUGGAGUCAUCAGAAAUCCCGGGACCCCUCAGCAGUGCAUGUGUGUCAAAUCGUCGAUCUGCGAUCCAGACUUCGUCGUCACCAUCGAUGGGGCUGGCAUCAUUGAUCCCAGAUUCGGAUUGUGCAUGGUUUCUGAUCAAGUCUGCUGUCGGUCCGUGGGGAUUAUCAGCAACAGGGGAGGAACCAGUGAGGUUUCAGGGGACGCUGCAACGUAUAUUGUUAAUUACCCUCUGCCCAAUUAUGGAAACGUUGUUUGUGGAGUUAGGGGCUCUGUGUGCUCUCCAGGGAUGUGUACAGCUUCUUCUGGAAAUACCAGUUUUGGUGAAUUUCCUUGGAUGGUUGCACUUCUCGGCAGAGACCCCGGUGGAUCGAGUGUUUUCCUGUGCGGAGCAUCGAUGAUUAAUUCUCGGGCUGUCUUGACCGCUGCCCAUUGCGUCUUGAAUCGCAAGCCGGGUCUUUUGGUGGCUCGUUUCGGCGAAUGGAACACAGCGAACAACGACGAGCCUUCGCCAUUCCAAGAAGCUGAUGUGCAGUCGAUCGUUACACACCCCAAUUACUACUCUGGGGGAUUAUACCACGAUGUUGCUGUUUUAAUCCUUGCAACUCCUGUUAACUACGCAAUGAAUGUACUGCCUGUAUGUCUACCUCAACAAGCCGUUCUUUUUAUGCCUGGAACGAGAUGUCUAGCCUCUGGCUGGGGCAGAAGUGGUUUCGAGGGGCAGUACCAGACUAUACUGAAGAAAGUAGAUUUACCCUUAGUGGAAAGACAAGAAUGCCAGGCGCGCUUGAGGGCUACGAAGCUCGGGCAGUACUUCCAACUGCACAAGAGCUUCAGAUGCGCCGGUGGAGAGGCCAGUAAAGACACUUGCACUGGAGAUGGCGGGGGUCCUCUAGUUUGCCCGACAUCUACGGGACAAUUUAUUCAAGUGGGAAUUACCUCUUGGGGAAUUGGUUGUGGCCAGAGCAACGUGCCAGCAGUCUACGUCGAUGUGAUUCAGCAUCGUCAGUGGAUUGAGCAACAACUCGCUAAUUACGGUGUUUCUUGAUGCUAAAGAUAAUAGUGGAACUGUCCACUAAUCCCCCAAAUUAAAUUAAACGAAUAGAAAAAAACCUUUCGAGGCUGUCUCCAGGUUUCAAUUACAUCAAUGAGACAUGUGUCAUGUUCAAGCUGACGAAAACUUCGUUCAACUGGUCUUACAUAAUCGAGUCAAAAGUCAGCCAAGAUAAAACAAAUCUCACGCUCUCCAUGUAAUCAUUAAUGAAAAGAAAAACUAGCUGUUGGAAAUCGUUGUAAAUAUAGGACACAAACAGAGAUUAUCUUUCACUGAAGGGAAGUUCAAGCACAGUUUAUAUUUUCAUAGAAACAUUUGCCAUUUUAUUGAGUAGACUAGGCUAUUUAUGCUUUCUUCCUGCAUCAGGAUCUUCGAAAUGUGAAACCAAACGAUUGAAUGGGAUUCGAUUAUUCACGAAUGAAAGCAUUACAAUAAUAAACAGAACAAAUUGAUAAAAGUGUUUGAGGAAAGACAGUUAGUUUCCUGGAACUUAAUCAGUCUUCGCACAUCGAGGAAAUAAAGUAUUAUAAAGCGUUGGCACGGCUAUAAUUGUGCAUUCAACAGAAAUCAUUAACCCAUUUGGAAUUGUUCGUGUGAAUAAUUAAUUAUAUCUGGCAUGAAAAAUAAAUACCUCUAUUCAAGUUGAGGUCUCUUGUCAUUACCUCUAGCCAUUCGCGUCAUUCAUCUCGGCGAUAAAAUCCUCCGAAAAAAUCCUGAUCAGUGUCUCUCGUCUGCGAAAAAAAUUCAACACUCAUUAAUUUAACGAAAAGUUUCCAAUUAAAGUUG